AGAUGCCUGACAUACAUGCCCACCCAGUUCACUUGUGGUUCUUCAAUGUUUCAGCGACUGUGAUGUUAAGAGCAAAUCUUACCAUCUUCAGUCGUCAAAUUCUUCUCCUCUCCGCUUCUUGCAUAAAUACAUACAAAAUCCUGCCUUGCAUGUAUGAUGAAUGUUUGAUGUGAGUUUGAAAAGUAAAAUGGCUCAAGAAACCAACCAUAGCCAAGUGCCUAUGCUUUGUUCCACUGGAUGCGGAUUUUACGGCAACCCCCGUACAAAUGGCAUGUGUUCGGUAUGCUACAAAGAACAUCUUCAACGACAGAAUGGUAGUAAUGGUAGAAUUAGCCCCUCAGCCACUUCUGUUAAUAGUCUCCCUGAGUCUUUACCUGUUCAGUGCACUGAAGGCAGCAUCCAGGAAGCUCCAUCAACACUAGACUCUACACCUAUAGCGCCUAUGCAACCAAGUCCUGUGUCAAGCCCAUCCUCACUCUUAGCAGAAUCAGUAACAUCAUCUGAAGUGGAAAGUACAGACCUAGUGGACAAAACAGUUCCUGAAAGAGAAGAUGUGCAAGAACCAACAUCAGUGGACCUUGCCGAGACAAUUUCAAUAGACAGUACCGGAGAGGAAUUGUCGAUGGAUAACUCAGAUUUACCCGACACUGCCAGGGGCUCAGAAACAGAGUGUGAUUAUGAUGCAAGCAUAGAAAAUAAUAUAGAUGGCCCUGAUUUCCCAGACGAGAGCUCAAGAGUGAGAAUGAAGAGGCAUGACAUGGAUUUAACACUAAACGCAGUAGCUUCAGCAUCAGAUAGUGCAGAGCCUUCCUCUGAAGAACAAGACAAAUCGCUUGAUAAACCAAAACAGAAAAAAUCUCGCUGCUUCAUGUGCCGGAAGAAGGUUGGUCUUACCGGGUUUGAAUGCAGGUGUGGAAACAUAUUCUGCGGUGUACACCGUUACUCAGACGUCCACAGUUGCUCUUACAAUUACAAAGCUGAUGCAGCUGAGAAAAUCAGAAAAGAGAAUCCUGUAGUUGUUGGUGAAAAGAUUCAGAAGAUUUGAACUGCUACCUUGGCUAGAAUAUUAAAAUUUCUGACCAUCUGCAGAUGAAAUUUACUUGAUCUUCUUUCCCUGCUCUCAUCCCCUUAGUUAUCAGGAACUUAGGGAUGUGUAUCUUGAAUCAUGCAUGUCAUUAAAAUACAUAGAUUUUUUUUUCCUUUUUUAGAACAUGAACCAAACACUUAUUUUAUUGCAGUUUUCUUUUCCUACAGCUAAAGAUUUAAGCAGACGUUACAUCUCUCCUGUUCACUGCGUGUGUCUGUUAUGGGCUAUUGAGCAAACACCACUGCUAUACAAGUAUUAUCAUUUUAAAGACCAUUUUUUGUUUAGUUGAGUGCACAGGGCUUUUACAAUGCAGACACAGAGCUAUACUGGCAAGUGGCAGUGUUUUCCCUCACCCCCACUACAGGGCAUGCAUGCAUUUACCUGGCCAUUAACUUCCUUUGUAUAUAGCUUUUUUUCUUCUCUGCAGCACGAUUUCCAUUUUUUUUUAAACCCCUCAUACGGCACAACUAGCGAUCAAUAACUGAAUGUAUUUUAAUCAUUAUGGCUGCUUUUUUUUUUUGGUUUUCUCCUAUUAACAAAGGUUUAUACAUAUGUUAGCAUAGUAGCUUGUUUGCACCCACUACCUAUUUAUGUAUGAAUCUUUUGUAAUGAGUGUGUGUGCAUGUGCGUGUUCUGAGAUUCUAAAGUUUGUAUGGUCCCCCCCCCCUUUUUCAGAGAUAACUUCUAAAGGGGGGGUCUUUCCCUCCUCUGUGUGUGUGUGUGUGUGUGUGUUUGGGAGAUUGUCUGCACUUCAUUGCUGACUGCAGGUUUCCUUGGGAUUUAUGUUACUGGGUCUUUAUGUACACCAAUAUGAAGAAUGAUCUGAAGUUUUAACUAUAUUGUAUUUAUGUUCAUUCACAUCUUUAACUUUGAUUAAAUAAAAUUUUUAAAAAUUUGGGACUUGGA